GCAAUUUCACCGCAAGGGGUUUCUUGAGUCAGUUGACAUCGUCGACUUUGGUGAGGCGCGCCGGAGGCGACACGCAGACGUAAUUUUUGGAGAACUUUGGUCGUUUUCCCCCUUCUUCAAAAAGGAUAAUAGCGCGAUCGUAGAGUUUAUAUUACUAACAUUCGUUUGCAAAAACAUGCUGGAUCCCUGGUUUUAUUAUUGGUUCUUUUUCACUUGGUGGUCCGUUAGGUAAUUGAACUGCCAGCUGGAUUAUUUUUACAACACUACUUGCUGACCAAAAUUAAGUUAAUUAAUCCUUCCAGGGACUCAAGAUCCAGCGAUAUUCCAUUGGAUCCGUUUGUAAAAAAGAAGUAAAAUCGCCGUUUAAGUCAUUCUGAUGCUCAGCUAACUAGAUUAUAGCUGGUCAGCCGGGGCUUGCUGCGCCCAAGCCGGGCGAAGAUUGACGCUGCUCGGUGUCAUCCAACUGAAGAGGAUCGAGCUUAUUAGGCGACAAUGCUUGAAAUAAUGUCCGAGCACCAAGAUUCAUUACUGAAGUGCAAAGCAGAGACUCUGCCAUCAGAGAGAAGAAAGAGGACAGUGGAGGACUUCAACAAGUUUUGCAGUUUUGUUCUUGCAUAUGCCGGUUACAUCCCUUCUCCAAAGGAGGAAAGGCCAUGGUCGGCAGCAUCCUCCAGUUCUCCAAAUAACACUGGUGCUUCAGGAGAAGGCAGCGUUUUAGGUGGAGCGAGUUCUAACAUGGCUCCCAGCUGGAGUCACGGCACGUCGGACUUGCACACCAUCCACACCUUCGUUCGCAAGGCUCGUGCCAAUAAGAGCAACAAGAGUAUGCGCCGGCUCUCAUCUGACAGCACCCUGAUGGACAAAAUGUGUUUAAAAGACUCUUUCUACGAGGGCCAAGUGGCCAGCAAAGCUGAACGCAAAAAGGACAAGAAGCUGAAGCGUCUUUCUCUAGGAUCAGGCGCUGGCAGUAGCAGUAGCAGUAGCAGCGGCGGCGAGAAACGUGCAAGGAUCAAGCGCAGUAAAAACCCCAAACAGUCCAAAGCCCUUAAGAAGCUUAAGAGCUCGGCCCACAGCGAGUCAGACUCUGAGAACGGUCUCGGCCACGGAGAGGAGCAUUCGGACCGGGGAGCAAUGACCGAGCGCAGACUACAGGCACAGGUGAAAGAGGAGAAGGAGGAGGCCACCAGAGAGGCGGAUAUGAGCUCCAGUGAAGGCGAGACUUGGAUAGCGGAUGAAGACAUAAUGGUAGAGUCAGGGGACGAUUCGUGGGACUUGAUCACCUGUUACUGCGGUAAACCCUUUGCAGGACGGCCCAUGAUUGAAUGUAGUCAGUGCAGCGUGUGGGUGCACCUCUCUUGUGCCAAAAUUAAGAAGUCUAAUGUGCCCGACAUAUUUAACUGCCACAAAUGCAGAGACUCUCGGCGGUCAAGUCAUAAAAAAGACACUUAGAUGAGGGUGUUCAUUCCCUCCAAGCUCUGAAUGUUCCCGGUUCUCCAGUUUUUGUAUCCGACACAUUUUUCAGUUUCAAAAUCCUUCUUUCUUUCUUUGCAGUUCUAGUUUUGGCGACUAGUUACUCCUUAUAUUUGGCAGUCAAAGGUCUCCAUCACAGAUGGACUUCACUGAGAAAUAAUGUUUGAGUCUCUUACCUCCUGAGUUGGUAAUUGACCACGAGUAGUGUGAAUUCUGUUCGGCUCAAAUGUGACUGUUCGUUUGUAACUUUUUGUCACAUCAAAUUGACAUUUGUUUGCAAUGAUUGGCUUGCAUAUUGGGUAAUCUGCACUAUUUUCCUUGUGGGAAAAGUUAGAGGACUACAAAUGUAUACUGUAUUGGUACUACAAUAUAAACGUCUUCUUGAAAGGAAAAAAAAACUACAAAUUACAGGAAAAUUAUGUCAUGAAUAUGCCAAAGAGCUGCUAUAAGAGAUUGUUGACACCACUGCUAUUAGAAAAUGCAUUAUUUCUUAGUGAACUGUCCAGUUAAUCAUUUCUUUUUUUCUUAAGAAUUAUAGAUGUAUUGUGUUAGUCUGAAUGUCUUUUCCUAUAGGUGAUCAUAAAAGACUGUUUGAACUAUACCCUUUCAGUUGAUAUGUCACACUCAAAUGAACUUGACCAGUCAGCUAACAUAUAUUAGAUAUACAGAGCUACUAUACGAGUCAUUUAAGCAGGGAAUCCAUUCAGUUGCAAUUAUUGAUAUAUCAAACAUUCAUUUCAUCUAACUCUACUGGUAAUGUACAGUAUGUUAACCCAUGUACUUUGUCGAUGAAUUUAUCAAAACUGUUCAGUCUUUAAUUACUUGCACAACAUAGUGUUCAAUGUGUUAAAUUGAUUUUUUGGAAGAUUUCAGUUUAAUAAGACGUGAAGGCUAGAUUUAGGAGCUUUGCUGGAGCUGUCCUUGAAUGGAAUGGUUGUAACUAUUGUUUUCAGGAAUUGUUUGGGGGUUUUAAACUCUGAGAACUGGUAAAGAUUACUCAUUUAUGCUACAAGCUCUUUCAUUUGAAUUAGUUUGGAGAUUGUUUUUUUUUUUUUUUUUUUUUUUUUUUUUUUUUUUUUUUGGUUUAUUUGUGAAGCAAGGGGGAUUGGAAAUCCCCAUAAGACAGAUCUCUCUUGCUUCGUGUUGCAGUCUGUAAAUAUCACAGAUUUUGAGAAGUGUACAUAUGUGAAAGUGAAGAGAAAAGCAAAGCAAAUGGUAUAUUUUUUGCAUCUGAUAUCAUUUUCUUUAACUACCUGAGGAAAUAAAACUUUUCUUUAUUGGGCUUCAAA